ACAUGCUGCUGUACUGAGGACCCAAGGUGGUGCCGCUUCUUCUGCCUCUAGUUCUCGUUCUGGUUCAAGAAACCCCAGACCAGUUUCGAAUGGUGUGAGUUCAAGUGGCAGGGCUCACAGCACUGGCUCUCUUCAGCAGGUUCCUACUUGGGUUUCAGCACCGAACCUAAUACCACCCUCAGCGUCAUUUCAGGCUAGCAUGACGGAGGAGCAGGCUUUCCAAAGAGCGCUGGAGAGGUCUUUGGCUGACUCGAAGCCUGACCCCAAGCCUGACCCCAAGCCGAUUCUAAGCCCUCAGGAGCUGGAGGACCUGGCUCUCGCUCAGGCUCUCGCUGCCAGUGAAGAAGAAUACAGACGGCAGCAGCAGCAGACGCAUCAGGUACCAGGAAUGUUUAUGCAUCAGUAAGCAUGCUAACAGGAGCACAUAUAGGGGAGCGAGUCCAAACCGUGGACCUGCAGUCUGUCUUAACGGAGCGCCACGUUCGUUUCAAGCUGAUCUGUUCACAAGAAGUGCACAUCUGUCCGUUCCCAACAUGGAGGAGUUCUGCAUGAACUACCGCAUGAUGGCAGAGAUGAUGUCACCUUCUACACAGAAAAGCACACUUUUUAAACGGAUCAGUCAUUGAGCUGCUCUUGUAAAUAUUUUCUAAACCAAUCAUAAUGAAUCUAUUAUAUUGCCAUAAAUGAAUAUUGAAUACAUUAA